AUGCCAUGCGAAGCCAUUUGCGCAGGUUUGCGUCGGAUGAGGAGCUUUGGAUCGCAUGUGACCCCCCCAGGUGUCAGUACGCCCCUCGCGUCACCGUCAUCGCACCGCGGUCACCGUGGGCCCCAUGCUGUAGUGGCUGCCGCCGUGGUCCUUCUGGCGUCGCUCGCGCCGCGGGGCUGGCGGUCUCCAUGUCUCCCUUUCGCCAGCAGCAAGCAAGAAAGCCAAGCAUCCGGCAGGACGCGUAGGCAGCAGAGAGCUUCUACAUUUGGCAACAAGGCGAUUGAUGCAUUGAUGGGUCAGUUGAACGAUGCUGCCGAAGAAGGUGGGGUAGCGGCUGCGAAGAGGCUAUUCGAGCAACUCGAGCCAAAAUUUCCGAGGCAGAAAAGAACCAUUCUCUACAAUACGGUCUUGAAGGCGUUCGCUCACGCGGGCGACAUUCUGGGGGCGGAGAGCUGGUACCGGAACGCUGUGCGGGAAGGCGUGCGCGUGAAUGGUAAGACGUUUGGCAAGCUCAUCGAAGCAGCCGCACAGAGUGGCGACAUAGAGGGUGCGAAUAGGUGGCUAAAGACGCUCGAGGUGGAUCAGGACAUAGACAUAGGACGUACGGAAAUCGUUGACUCUGCGGUCAUGAACGCUUACGCCCGGGCCGGAAAGCCCGACGAGGCGGCAAUCAAGUUCGAGGACACACUCGCGGCUGGCGUCACCGUGGACCUGGUAUCCUACAACACAAUCAUCGACGGAUUCGGCAAGGCUGGGCGCCCUGUCGAGGCGGUGAAGUGGUUCAAUCGCAUCCUCGAGGCCGGCCUGGAUCCCGACAGGCGGUCGUACACAUCUGUGAUCGACGCGUUCGCGAAGGCCGCCAAGCCAGACGAGGCGGCACGGUGGCUCGACGACAUGUACAGAGCCAGCGUGGCUGCAGACGAGAUCGCGCACAACACCGUCCUGAACGCGUUCGCCAGAUGCGGCAAUCUGGUGGGGGCUCACCACUGCCUGCACGGCAUGCGCGCGGUGCGCCUGCGUCCGGACGAGUUCUCCUACACGCCGAUGAUCAAGGCGUGCGCAGACCAGGGCGACCCCGCUGGCGCCUGCCGCUGGCUCGCGGAGAUGGCGUCGGCGAUGCUCACGCCCAGCCACGUGGCCUACACCGCCGUGGUGAGCAGCUUCGUAAAGAGCGGCGACCUGGCGGGCGCCUCGAGGGUGCUGCGGGACAUGACGGCGUCAAUCGGCGGGGACACCGCCGCCGCGAAUGUCGUCCUCAACGGUAUGGCUGCAGGUGGUGAUGUGGAGAGUGCAACCGGUAUGCUUGAAGAGAUGGUCAUGCAGCGGCUCGCCCCAAACGUGGUUUCGUUCACUACCCUACUGAACCACUGCGGGAAGAGGGGCGACACCGCGCGUGCGGCGAGGCUCCUCGAAUCCAUGACCAGCGCUGCGGUGCCGCCGAACGUCAUCACCUACAACGCCCUGAUCAAGGUCCACAGCCAAUCUGGUGACACGGAAGGUGCGGCUGGCUGGCUGGAGGGGAUGCGCGCCGCGAGGCUAGCACCAAAUGAGAUAUCGUACACAACCCUGAUCGCGGCAUACAAGAGGUCUGGGGAUGUGCUGUCGGCAGUGAGCACGAUGUGCGACAUGGUGGACGCCAGAGUCAUGCCCAACCAGAUGACCUGGACCGCGCUCAUCAAGACCUGCGAGAUAGCCGGAGACGCUACGUGGGCAACCGUGGUCUUCAGGCGCAUGGUUGAGCUCCAGGUGCACCCUGAUGGCUACACCUUUGGGGCCCUGGUUUUUGCUGUCGGUGCUCAGCAGGCCGAGAAGCUCCGGACGGAGACUGGCGCCAUCACGGAGGGGCGGAAGACAGUCCGGAAGACGGGUGCACACCUUCGUCAAAGGCCUGGGAGUGCGCUUCAUAGACGGUGA